UGCUCAGAGAUCAACUGUAUGCCAACACAGCAGCACCGCUAGCAGGCUGCCGAAACGUUGCAUUUUUCUAUUGCAGCUUGUGAUUGUGUUGGCCAAAUGGAGACCGAUAUCCUGGACUCUCUUGAAGAUUUGGGGUAUCAGGGGCCCCUGCUGGAGGACGGGGCGCUGGACGUGGCGGCGAGCGGCGGAGCGGAGUCCCCUGAGUACACCAAGCUGUGUGCCUGGAUCGUGUCCGAGCUCAGGCUCUACUGCAAGCUGGACGAGAACGUGCACGCCACCAACAGCCCUGGUGAAGCGGUGGGCUUUCAGCUGGAGAUGAGUGGGCUCCUGUCUGAGCUGGUGUGCCCCUACAACUCCCUCACCUCUGGAGACGCCACCCAGAGGCUCCUCAACAACAAAACCAACUGCCUACUACUCUUGACUUUCCUGAUCUCGGAGCUGGAGGCUGCCCGGAUGGAGCUGAUCAACAAGCCCCAGAAGAAGAGCCAGGAGGCGGGCGGUGGCAGUGACCUCUUCAAGGAGCUCAAGGGCAUCUGUAUGGGCCUGGGCAUGUCCAAGCCACCCCCUGACAUCAAAAUGUUCCAGUUCUUCAGCGGGAUCGAGAAAAAGCUGAAAGAAGCUUUGGCUAAAGUGCCCCCAUACCACGUAGGAGCUCCUCUGUUGAAGAAACCACUGGGACCCUUCCACUGGGAGAAGAUUGAAGCCAUCAACCAAGCACUUACGAAUGAAUAUGACGUCAGGAGGAAAAUGUUGUUAAAACGUCUCGAUGUGACGGUGCAGUCGUUUGGCUGGUCGGAUCGGGCAAAGACGCACUCUGAUAAGCUGGGGAAGGUGUAUCCGCCCUUGCGCACCGCCCUGAAUGCCAAGAGCACUGUGUCUGUGGCUCACCUCUACGCAGCCAGAGCAGACCAGUCCAAAAUCAUGCGAACCAGCAGCGGGCGCAUCAGAGAGAAGACGGCCUGUGCAAUUAAUAAGAUCCUGAUGGGUCGGGUGCCAGAUCGAGGCGGCCGGCCCAACGAGAUCGAGCCCCCGCCCCCAGAGAUGCCCUCCUGGCAGAAGAGGCAGGACGGCCCCUCGGGUGGCUUUGGGGGCGGGGGCGGACAUUACGGAGGAGGAGGUGGCAGAGGAGGAGGAGGUGGUGGCAGAGGAGGCUACGACCAUAGAGGGGGAGGGGGUGGGUACGACAGGGGCGGCAGGGGUGGAGACCGGGGCGGUAAAGUGCAAGGUGGCUGGUCGGACGGUGGUGAUCGUGGUGGUGGUGGAGGAGGCUACCAUGGCCACCAUCAAGAUGGAGGCUAUCAGGGGGGUGGAAGAGGAGGGUAUGGAGGUGGAGGCGGUCACCACGGUGGUGGUGGGUACCAGGGUCACCAAGGUGGAUCAGGCUACCAAGGAGGAGGAGGUGGAGGAGCAGGGGGAGGAUAUCAUAGCGGAGGAGGCCACCAGGGAGGUGGUGGAGGAGGUGGCUACCAGCACCACCAGCAGGAUGGAGGCAGCAGGCACCAGGAGGGUGGCAGAGGGGGUCGAGGAGGGCGCGGGGGGCGGGGACGCGGCCGGCGUGGAGAGGGCCAAGGAGGUGGAGGAGGAUGGGGAGGCAGAGGAGGCGGCCAGAACUACAACCAGCAGGGCGGCCAAUUCGAACAGUUCUUCCAGCACGGGGGCCAGCAGUACAAUCAGUCGGGCUUCGGCCAGGGCUACUACACGAGCUGAGAAACCUGCCCUGCGCCCCCCAAACGCUUGAAAAGCACGUCACCACAGUACGGAUCGGCGCAUCAGUGGCUAUGGAACCGGAACGGGAGUGGAAGCAGUCACGGGGAAGGAAGGAAGGACGAUGGAAGAGAAAAAGGCCACCAAGGAUACUGUGGUUGCCAAUCUCAGUAUCGUGGAAACAUUCUCAAUGAGACGCGACUGGGAGCUUGUGGGUCGGUCAAAUAGUCACAUUAUUUUCUCUCUUUUUUUUCUUUUUUAAAAAAAAAUUCCCCAUCCCUUUUUGUGCCUCUGGCUAUCUCUCCCACCCCCUGAAGACAUCCCACUCCCCAAUUCCCAACCAAAUGACUUGGUGUGUGUGUGUGUGUGUGUGUGUGUGUGUGUGUGUGUGUGUGUGUGUGUGUGUGUGUGUGUGAGAGAGCGAGAGCGUGAGCGUGUUUAUGUGUGUGUACUCUGCGAUCUGUACCUGUGCCUGUGCCAUACUAAGGAGUUCUGCGUGGUUGAGCUUGAACAAGGUGGCAAGGUUUGCUGUGUCCCUCUGGCCAAUCCAGACUGUGCUGACCGUGAUGACGACGUCAAAGGCCUUAUCGAAGAGAUUAUCGCGAGGUAGAAACCUCCAAAAGGCGUUAUGUGUUUUACAUUUGGCACAUGUGACUUCAAUACAUUGUUGUACCUUUAUUGGAAGGGAAAAAAAGUUCUCAAGGGCCAUGCUCUUUUCAAUUUAAAAAGAAAAAAUCUGUUUAACACUAGUUUACAUUUACCUGUCACAAGAGUUUUUUUUGUGUCAUUUCAUUUCAAAUGGAUGUGUGGCCAUCUAAAAUACGGUAUAUGAAUGUUCCUUAAUUUACUGUCGUCAGACAAAUCUGACCCCUCUUUCCGUUACUUCGAUUUAAGGAUAUUUGGACAGUCCACCCAAUGCUGCUCUGUUGUGUUGUGUACAUAACAUGGAAAUGACUGCUUGGAAAGUGUGAAUGGAAAAAAUGAGAAAAUUAAUAAAGAAAAUGUGUGCAUAACA